CUAUCUAGAGAGACUGGGGCUGGAGAGCAGCGGAGACUCAAACAGUGUGAGAGCGGACCUGUGCCACUGACUGUGGAUGAGCAGGGCAGUAAGAUGCCCAGAAGUGAUACGUGGCCAGGUGGCACUGGACUGGAGAGCAUGACUGGCAUGGAUAGCGCUGGCAGCUGUGACAGUGUUGUCAGUGUUAAUUCUGGCUUUAGUGAUGACAGCCUAGAGUACCUGUCCGCUGAAGAGAAGGCCUGUCUCAUGUUUUUGGAGGAAACUAUUGAGUCUUUGGACACUGAGGAGGACAGCGGGCUGUCCAAUGAUGAACCUGACCAACUGCCCGUUCCUGGGAACCUUGCUACCAAAAUGGCUCACCUGUCAGCCUCCAUGAGCCACAGCAAGUUCAAUAGUUCACCAAAACAUUCCUCCAAGGAACCUCUGAAGGAAAGUUUCAGAGAGCACAAAGCCAUUCAGAACUACCUGGUUCCAACACCUCUUGUUGUGGCUAACAGCUCUCCUUGUCCCAUGCCUGGUGCUAAGCCAGGUUUUCCUCCAAACAAGAACCCAAAGCCUCAGUCCACUAUUUCAAGCAGCAAACCCGUCUCCCCCCAUGGCCAACAACAUGGCGCUCCUAAAGUACCUUCAGAGGUCAAUGUUGUGGUGAUACCUCCUCCAACCAAAGCCAAAGACUGCUCACUUUGGAAAGCUGAGGGUCCGUCACCAAGAGGACCCCUGUCCUAUGAGGCCCUUGUUCAUCUACGGAGGAGUGCAUCCACAAAGAAGUCCCCUUUAUGUCCUACAAUUGACCAUACGAUAGAUGUGGUACAGCACCCUCCUAAUACAAUGACAGGCACUCACCAAAACCAUGGGAACCUUUCCAGAUCCCCCUCAGAGGUUUCUAGGCCUAAGACUAGUCCUCCAGCUGUUGCUCCCAAACCCAAAGUAAUUCCUGCACAUUUAUCUGCUAAGACCCAAAACAAAAUAGCAUCCCCAACCCCAGACUUUUCACCCAGUGGAAGGUGUGUGGCAGAUCCCCAGCAGGUGAGACUGGAGGCUUUGCAGAAGCUGGGCCUCUUGAAAGACAAAGAACCAGAAAAUGAGGAGAUAGCCCCACUGCCACCACCUACAUCUCACUCCUCUUGGGACCUAAGUACUCACAGAUUUGUAAGAGAUCCAUUGCACGCAAACCCAUCAAGAAGCCCGUCCUUUUCUUACUCUCAAGUGCCCACAGAAGCCAAGGCCAGGCCUGUGCAGAGCAGUGCCAGUUUCCACCACUACUCCAGGCGUGAGCAGCAGCAGCAACAGUCCGUGUCCCACUCACAUCCCUCCCAGCCCAAUGGAAUAAAGGCGGUCACUCUGGAGCGCUCAGGAGUGGGUCCUGAGAGCCACAAACCCUGUCAACCCAGCUCACAACCUUGCUCUGCAACCUUGGGCACAUACAGAAAUGGUGGGUACUGUCCUGAAUCGGUACACACCACGGAACCCGAGCCAGUGAAAACCACCACUGCAGCUCAACCUGGGCACCCCAACAGACCCUCAAAUCCCCUGGGGUACACUGUGAUUACAGUGCCUAGGAUGGGAGAAGAUCGUAAAGAAGCACUCAGAAAGCUGGGGCUGCUGAAGGACUAAGACAGACAGACAGCAGACAUGGAUGUCUGCCUACUUACAGUGUGUAAAGGGACUUAAGGGUUCAGGAGUUCCAUCAGCUUAAAGAGAGUUAGAGCAUUAAGUGGGAACUUGGCACUUGGCACUUUUGGCACAAACCAAAUGAGGAAAUUUUAAAUGGCAAUACCACCACUUCCAAUAGUAUGGCUGGUGUUGGGUUUAAUUAAAAGGGAUUUUUGCUCUGCCACAGGCUUCAAUAAUAUCUGUAAAGGCAUCCUGAACAUUGUAGUACUGUACAUAUUAGAUGAAAACAGCUGCUACAACAAAUCAGUCUUUGAAAAGAAAGUAUAAGAAAUUAAAAUCAUUGAUAUACAGCCUUCAAGGAAUGGCCUCUACUAUUGCUUAUUCAAAUUUGGUGAUUUACUAAGUUUUAAAUAUUUCAGAUCCAUUUUUUACAUAAUUAAUACUUAAUACCUCAGCAAUAAUAGUCAGGAAAAAACAAUCAAACAGUGAAACAAUCAAACAACAAUCAAAAUGGUGGUAUUGUCCUUAAACUCCAGUGAGCCCCCAACACAAUGACUUUCCAUUAAUCACAGAUAUGUUCCCACCUCAUUAUAUGUAACCUGUUGUUUUGUUGUACUUAAUGGAAAAAUCAGCUCAAAUCAACAGAAUAUUUACAGUUAUUAAUUAUCUUGCAAUUCACAGGUGUGCCUGUAAGUGGUAUGUAAAGUAGAUUCCUUUUAGGACUACAUUAAUUCAAAUCAGUUUCUACCACUUUGUUCAGUUUUAUUGUGAAAAUAAAAUUUGAAAGUGUAUUUUAUAUUU